UCUGGCUUUUGCUGCAGUCUCUUUGUUUCCGCUUCCGGGGCGUGCGCUCCUCUUGGCGGUCGCCGCUCCUGCCGGGAAGAUGGUGAACGUCCCCAAGACCCGCCGGACCUACUGCAAGAAGUGCGGCAAGCACCAGCCCCACAAGGUGACCCAGUAUAAGAAGGGCAAGGACUCCCUGUACGCCCAGGGAAAGAGGCGCUACGAUCGGAAGCAAAGUGGCUAUGGCGGUCAGACCAAGCCAAUCUUCCGUAAGAAGGCCAAGACCACAAAGAAGAUUGUGCUGAGGCUUGAGUGUGUGGAGCCCAACUGCAGGUCUAAGAGGAUGCUGGCCAUUAAGAGAUGCAAACACUUUGAACUGGGAGGAGACAAGAAGAGAAAGGGCCAGGUUAUCCAGUUCUAAGCUCCACCUGCUAUGGAACAUUAAAAUACGUUGAAACAGUC